CUGCACACACUCUUCCAGCUACUCUCUUAAAGAAACGGACCAUUGCCACUGGGUUCUAUUUUUAGCCAUCUGGAUGGAAUAUAUCAUAUAUCCUCAUGGAGUCUACCAUCCUGGGGCUAAUGAAGGUCGGCCACCUGCUUAAAGGUAGGUUAGCAAUCCAUGGAUCCAGCAAGAGAUUCACAGAUCAGUCAUCCCCCACACCAUUUGGAACUAUCACAUCAAGGGCUCACGCGCCGAUCUUUCUCCACGGGAAGGAGAGAAUCCAACUAGCCUACAUCUCACCAUCCCUAGUUAUGAACCGUAUCUGAUUUUCAUCAUCGUACUCCAUAGACUUUCGGGGCCGAGCAAAAACCUCCCAGCGAUCGGGGCCUCCCUCUCAUGACCAAGGGCUGGAUAUCAAGAUCACCAUACCUCAGUGGUUGAUACGUAACAUUCCAUACAAGCAGAUACAUACCACCCCCUCGAGGGCACCAGCGCCGAAACACCUUUGUUUUCUACUUGGCACCAAAUCAAGUUGGCAAUCCUGCUUUAGUUUUGUAGGCGAACAGCAUUUUAUCCUUUGGCGCGAUUCUCCUCCCCGCACGGUUCCGGUCUCACGUGCAAUCCUCUGUCUCGCACAUCAAUGGCGGGCACAGACGGCGGUGGAGAGGAUGACGACUACAUGGGCGAUCUCUCCCUCUUCAUCCCUCCCGAAGACUCCUGUUCCCAGAAGAAGAAGUUUGGGCCCAAGAUCCAAUCGCCGGAGGCCCCGAAGCCGAAGAGGCCGAAGGGUAUAAGCUGGCAGGAGCAGCGGAGGCUUGAGAGGGAGCGGAAGCAGCGGGAGGAGGACGAGCGGACGAUGGCCGGGCUGGAGGCGGCGAUCCCGGAGACGAACGUGGGGUUCAGGAUGCUGCGCCAGAUGGGGUACACCCCCGGGUCGGUGCUGGGGAAGGGCGGGGCCGGGCCGGCCGAGCCUGUGGGGCUCGAGAUCCGGCGGUCCCGGGCUGGGAUAGGUGUCAUCUCGCCACAGGAGGAAGCAGCGAGGAGCAAUAGGGCCACGGCGGAGAGGAAGCGGCGGAGGGAGGAGGAGUUGAUGGCGGAGUUUGGAUCUCGGCAGAAGACGCAGUGGAGGAGCCGGCGGAUCGUUGGGGAUUACAGGGAGGCAGAGGCAGCAUUGGCGCAGCUGGAGAACAGGGAGGUUGUUGAACCGCCUAAGGAGGAUGGAGAUGAGGGGAAGAAGCAGGAGGAGGAAGAAGAGGAAGAAGAAAUCACUGAAGAGGAUUUGCAUGAUAUAUUGAUAAAGCUGCGGGAUGAACAUCAUUACUGCCUCUAUUGUGGGUGUAAGUUUGAAUCAGCAGAGGCACUUGCAAUUGAUUGUCCUGGACCCAACGAAGAGGACCACUGAAAGCGAAUCUUUUGGCAGUUUGGACUCAUAUAUGUCAUGUUGUAUGUUCACAUCGUAUGAGGAUGGCUGCAUUCUAUAUGCCAAAAGCAAUUCCAAACGGACUGGACUGUUUACAAGGAGAACCCAGAGGAUCCGAAGAUUGACAUGUCAAUGCAUGAGGUCAUCACCCUUAGUAGAUCUAAAUUCUGUGCUUAUUAUGUCAGUUGAUGUCAUAAAUUAGAUCUCCAUACUCACGAGUCAUGAAGAAACAGAGGUGAUUUAAUCUGUGCUUGGAUAAUGGUGAUAUAUUUUAGGGCUACAAGAAGCCUGAUCAUCCUUCAGCUGUGGACGUGUGGAAAUCAUGGCCUCACCAAGCCUUGCAGGGAUUCAAUUGCUGCUGGAGCACUAAUAAAGUCAGGUCCACUUCUUUGAAGGUGGACUUCGAAGAAUAUUGAGGGAAACAAGCUGAAAUAUCAAUCUCUGUUUACCCAUACAGGAGAAGUAAUCCAAGAAGUUGUUACAUGCUUCUCAUUUUUAAAAAUGUUUUGCAUUAAACAGAUACCAUUCCGAAUUGUCUGCUGCUAGUGGCCUGAGAAUGCAUUGUUAUGCUUUGUUAUUUGUUUC